AUGGAUCAUAUCGAGUCUGCACAACGCCGCAAGCAGCAACAACUAGCCGAGCUACUGGGCUCUACCAAUGGAAAUGAAGUUGCUUUCCCUGCACACCCAGAGCACCAAGCAGCAUCGCAUCGGUUCACGUUGCUAGCCACGAAGUACAAGGUGCUAGAUCGCGAAUACCAAAUCCUGAAGCAGCAGCUUGCUGACGCCAAGCAGUCUUUAAGCGCAUACUCCGACCUGGAGAAACGCCAUGACAAGCUACAGGAGGCUCACCUUGUACAAUCUGCUUUAGUACAGCGCCUACAGCGUGAAAAGGAGCAAGCAACCGCUCUUAAGGAGAAAGUGAUUCGUCAAUUUGAACAGACACUCGCACAGCAGUCAAAAGAAAUACCAGAGCGACGUCUGCACGCACCGGAGGCCGAUACACCAGAUAUCAACGGUGGAGAUGGUGGAACGCGGGAGGUUCUGCUGCGUGUACGCGUCCAGGUCCUGGAGCAGCAACUGCAGACGAAUGCACGCCAGGCCGCAGCCGAAAUGAGUGCUCUACGCUUGCGUAUCCUGGAACUAGAGACGGCGGCGAGUUGUCGUACUGUAAAAUAG